AUGGCAUCAUCGCCAACCCCCUCCCUCGCCGGAAAAGUCGCCCUCAUAACCGGCGCUAGCAAAGGCAUCGGCGCCGCCACUGCCCUCGAACUCUCCUCCCUCGGCGCAAAAGUCGUCAUAAACUACUCCUCCGACGCCGGUCCCGCCGACGCGCUGGUCCAGAAAAUCGGCGCCGACAGGGCCAUCGCGAUCAAGGCGAACGCGGGCGACGUCAAAGACAUCGAGAGACUGGUCGACGAGACGCUCAAGUGGGGCGGAGGGAAGAUCGAUAUCCUGAUCCCGAACGCCGGGUACGCGCCUACGGAUCAGGAUCUCGAGCGCACGACGGUGGAGCAGUUUGAUAGGGUGUUUGAUAUUAAUGUUAAGGGGCCGUAUUUCUUGGUGCAGAAAGCAGCCCCCCACAUGCCUCCGCACUCACACAUCGUCCUCCUCAGCACCUCCCUCUGCAACCUCUCCAGCAUCACGCCCAACUACCUGCUCUACGUUUCGGCCAAGGGCGCCGUCGAGCAGAUGGUGCGCAUCCUGGCCAAGGACCUGGGCCGCAGGGGCAUUUGUGUGAAUUGCGUGGCGCCGGGGCCGACGGCGACGGAGCUGUUUUUCAAGGGCAAGAGCGAGGAGCUGGUGAAGACGAUUGCAGGGUGGAAUCCGUUUGGCAGGUUGGGGACCCCGGAGGAUAUUGCAAGGGCGAUGGCGUGGUUGGUGGGAGGGGGGAGUGGCUGGGUGAAUGGGCAGGUGCUGAGGGUUAAUGGGGGGAUGACUGUUUAG